AACCCCUACAAAACGAGAUCCAAAAAACUGUGAUAACCGUGUGAUAGUCCUUUCUAACUCCAAAACAAAAGGCGAGACAAAAGAAAAUGAUCAAAAUGGAUACGAGCGAUGUAAAACAGCUUCAAAUGGUUGAGCUCAUGCUACAAGUACAUGUACGUAUAAAUUUCCAGACCACUGCAGUUGAACAGGAAAUCAACUUGGAUGUCAAUGAAAAUUGGGACAAGUUGAACCGCUUCUGCAAGGACAGCAAUGGCACUCAAGACAUCGAACAAACUUACAAAGAUGUGCACAGCCAGUAUGAAGCUUACACAGAAGAUGGAAUAGAAGUGUGGGAAAUAACGGGAGAGCAAGAGCAGGGAAUAGAAGAGGAAGUGGAGGAGAUACAAGGAGUGGAGUCAGAAUGUCUGGAGGAAGAGACAGGAGAGGAUCAGGAAGAGGACUGCAAAAUGGAACAGGAAAAACAUGAGGAUAAUGUUGACGAUAGUACCAAGGGAGAGAAAGAGCAGCAGAAAGGCAAACCACGAAUGGGUACAAAAUUAGUCCCUACACGACAUCAACAUAUUGCUUCAAAAACUAACGGUUGUAAAGGUGAAUUAAAGAAGUCGUCUAACAAGUAUAGCAAACACCAGAAAGUGACUGAUGUCUACAGGCCAGAUAAAACGAUCGCCAAUAAUUAUCAUGAAUCUUUCUAUACAGAUUCACAUAUUGGUGGGUACGAAUACAACAGCAAGAGAAGUAUUCUCGUCACAGGAAUUCCUAUUAGAAUUCACGAUCCCAAUUGGCUUUCACAGCUGUUUAAAGAACAGAGCUACUGCCACAAAAAAGAGAUGUUCAUUGGUACAAGCACACGUCUUGCCUAUACUCCGUAUAACCCGUGUGUUGAAACCACAUCAUUGAAACAAGAUCCUUCAAGUGAUCUUCAGCUUUUACAAUUAAGGAAGUAUUGAAUUUUUUAGAGUAUUAUUGUCUUACUGUUUUUAUUUGUAGUUUUAUAAUUACAUGUAAUAAAUGCUGCUUGCUUUAGUUGUUAAUGACAUGUAAUAAAUCCUGCUUGCUUUAGUUGUUAAUGACAUGUAAUAAAUGCUGCUUGCUUUAGUUGUUAAUGACAUAAUAAAUGCUGCUUGCUUUAGUUGUUAAUGACAUAAUAAAUGCUGCUUGCUUUAGUUGUUUUGAUUAUACUUGCUAAUUUGCUACAUUUGUUUAUAUUUUAUUAAAAUACA